UUAACCGAAAACAAUUUACCUCCAGUUGAGGCAUUUUAGAACUUAAACAUAAUGGGUUUCAGAUCCAUAUUGACUCCAUCUAACCCACAGGAGUAACUAAUCUCAUCAUGAGUAGAGUCUACUACAUCCUCAGUGCUGCUCUUUUUGUGCUAGAAAUGCCAGAGACCAAGGCGCAGCUAGAAAACGCCAAUGACUGUUGUGAAAGAAUAAAGAGAAUGAAUGAAACCUGUGUGAAUAUUACACACUGUGAUCCUGGUCUCCUUCAAGUUCAGGAGAACAGUACAACAUUUUGUGUGUCCUGCGAUUUAACAGAGCAGGGGAAUUCAACUUUACUUAACAAUACAAGGACUAGUCACAUUCUCGUACCUUUAAUCUCAGUGAUUGGUGGUCCAGGUGUAGCAGCUUCUGUCCUUCUAGGAACUCUACUGAUCAGCCUGGGUCUCAUCCUCUCGGUUGCAUCUUUCUUUUACCUUAAGCGUUCCAAACGCCUUGCUGGUGUCUUCUACAGGCACAACAAGGCUUUUAUAUUCCAGCCAAGUGAGACAGCUGUCAUGUUUCCAGAAGCUACAUCUUCAGUUCGCAAGCCAAGAUAUGUUAGGAGGGAGAGGCCAUCAGCAUCAUCAGCAUCCAGCAGUGCAACUGUGGCAAAAGGGACAGUAACCAAGGUAUACAAUGUGUGACCAGCCUUCAAGGGCCAGCUAUGAGCACCCUUAUAAAACAUGGGUCUGUCCUAAAGCACUGUUUUCUUAUAGGAUUUACUUUUUUGGUGAAACUUUCCUUUGUAGGCUACAUGAAGAAGUGAUAUGUCUUGAUGUAGGAUUUAUCUUUUUAAUUCUCUCUUCUUUUCAUUAAAAGUUAUUUAUUUCUAUUUAUAUAUUUUUCACACAAUACAUUGUUCCUUUUUUUUAAGAGACCAGGUGUUGCACUACUAGAGUAUUUUUGAUUGUUAAGCUAUAAUUAAGUCUAGUAAGUUGUUUUUGAAAGAAUUGUGUAAUGUUUAUAUUUAUUACCAGUAUUUUUGUGUGAUAUUGUUCUUUUGAAUCUUGUGACAUUGUAACUAGGAUCCAAAACAAGACUUCCGGAGUUAGUCAUAUUUGCACACUACCAACUCCUCAAACCUCAUCAAGUAAAAAAAAAAAAAAAA